ACCACUUGCCUUACACAAAUCGCUCAAAGUCCAUAAUUAGUUGCGACCACGUCCAGUGCGGUUUGGUGUUAAUUAAUAAUCAUUGCAAGAAAACAUGCUCGAACAGUAUCAUAUGGACGGGAACAAUGAGUAUCAAACGUGCGAUACCACGACUCCGUUCUCGGUUAAGGAUAUCCUGAAUAUGGACAAUGACUACACGAAUUAUUAUUUUAACGUGAAGCGCGAGUAUGGACAUUAUGACUUUGGUGCCAAUCAGCAGUUUUGGGAUAAUUCCGCCGAAGCGUAUCAUUAUUACCAUCAUCAAGAAGCUGAUGAAUAUUUAGCGAAAAGUGCAAUGUACCCCUCGGAGCCGCAGUACGGAGGCUUCUACGAGCCAGAGGCCAAGGACCAGAAGGACUACCUCAAGGGCGACAGUCCGAAGCUCCACCCGCAAGUGACCAGCUCGAAAACGGAGCUGCGGAAGUCUGGCAGACAGCGGUCGAAGCGCAAACCCCGGGUGCUUUUCUCGCAAGCCCAAGUGUACGAGCUGGAGCGCCGUUUCAAGCAGCAGAAGUACCUGUCGGCCCCCGAGCGCGAGCAGAUGGCCCAGGGCCUGAAACUGACGCCCACACAAGUGAAAAUUUGGUUCCAGAACCGGAGAUACAAGAGCAAAAGGCAGACCGUCCCCAAACACGACGACAAGCUCCAAGCGGGUCCCAACGUCACCGCCACCCCCAUGGGCUUCUGCAGCUCCACGGCCUGCUUCCCCAACAACCUAUACCUGUCUCCCGAAUACAACUGCAACGAGCUGAGUUUUGUGUGAUGGGUUGGGGGUCGACAACAAGUGCCAAAAAUGUCCAAAGAGAAAGUAUUAAGUCUACUGUUUAGGGCUAGUUUUUAUAUCGAGCGAACCGAGUGUUAUUUUUUAUUAUUAUUAUUAUAUAUUUUUUGUAAUUACGUUUUAUGUCCCAUUAGUUAACAAUAAAAAUGCAGUUUUUAAAUUUG